CGGGAUAAAGUGUUCGUAUUCAAUACAUUCUUCUAUCAAAAGUUGACAGAAAAGCAGCCAUCGAUCUCAAUUCUCAACAAGAAUCAUCGAAGCUCUGUAGGACGAUUUGAAUGGAUCAAAAGAAAUUUUGCAAAGGUAAAGUCGUGGACAAAGAAAGUCGACAUAUUCAAUAUGGACUAUAUUGUUCUACCUAUAAACGAUGAAAUGCACUGGUAUCUCGUAAUUAUCGUGAAACCUGCCUUGGCCGUUGUACCGCAACGGACGGAGGACGUUGACCAGGCCCGAAAGCGAGGCUCGUUUCGGGAAAACCCAGACACUUUCAUUGUUGUGCUGGACUCACUUCCCGAUCCUAAUGAUGUCAAAAGGAAAUGUGUCUUGGAUAUCUUGAGAGAUUACCUGGAAUGUGAGCUUGCCGAUAAACGUGGCUCGCAAGAGGAACUUUAUCUGGAUCGCACGCGCAUUGGCGCAUUGUAUCCUGUGGGAGUACCACACCAAGAAAAUUAUGUGGAUUGCGGUCUUUUCUUGCUUCAAUUUGCUGAAGCCUUUUUGACUAAACCGCCCGAUGAGAAAAUGUUGCGGCAAGGAGCGCGAUGGAAAGAGUGGUAUCCAUGGUUUGAUCACUCAAUGAAGUUCAUGCGAGAGAAAAUUAGUGGACGAUUGAGGAGUCUUGUCAGUGCGAAGGCAUGGCAACAGUUAGAAACUUAUGAACAUCAGCAAGGACGAGGUGUUAGCAUAGAAACUACAGCUUUGAUGAUUGAUCGUUUGUGUACUUACUUCAAUCUCAUUAUGUAA